AUGGAACGGCCAAUCAUUAAAGAGGUCUGCGAACCGAAAUACAAACUGCUCAUUCAAAUGCUCGAUGCUGAAAUGGAUUCUGCCAAACGAAUCUACGAUCAUCACGUGACCGCACCUAGUGCAAUGCAAAAACAAGAACUGGGUAUUCCACAUUCCGAAAAAUCCAACAAAUCAGAUGAUUCUGGCAUGGAUAGUGAUGAAGCGUCAGACAGUUCGGGACAUAAAACGACGCAUCGAACGAAGAAGAAUUCGAUCUAUGGUUGUGUGCACAAAAAUAUGCCCAAAGUCGCGGGAAAUUUGAAAUGGGCAAGUGAAUUGGGUCAGCGAAUCACCAUUCCAUUGGUGGCAGUUUUGAGAGAGGUCAAGUAUCUACGACUACGUUCACUCGAGGCUGUUCCAGAUUCGGCUGCCAAAAUUUACGAGCAAAAUGAUGUCUUACGUGAUUUCCGCAUUAAUCUGGACAUGAUCGUUCAGUGGUACAGUUAUCUGUGCAAUCAGGUUUCUCCCAUCGAGGACGAGUUGAUUCAAGACGAACUGGCUGCUUUUAAUGAGCACACAAAACAGGCGGAGAGUUCACUAAAUUGGCAGAAGGAUGAUGCGUGGUCUUACAUCCAGACAACUCGAGAUAUGGCCAAUGAUUUGCAGCGUCGAGUCAAACAGACGCAGGAGAAUGUGCAACAAAUUCGCACGAUUAUGGCCACCUGGUCAAAAACACCGCUAUUCGAACGAAAAGAUGGCAAACGGGAUGCGUUGCUCAGUCUGGAUGAUCGUACGGAACGAUGUACACGACGAUUUGGUGAAGUUGAAGAGGCCGGCAAACGUGUGAUGCAAUUGCUUGAGACCAAUCGAGAACUAUUCAAAGCGGAGGAGAAUUCCAGUUCAUGGGAUAGAUAUGUUCUAUUUGUGGACACAAUUGUUCAGGAGGGUCUGGUCGCAAAUAUCGAAUGCAGUCUGCGCUACCUACUGACUGAGAUGGAAAAUCAACCCACAACUGCGGCACUGUUUGAGGCACAAAUGGAAUUACAGACCCCGGAUAUCGUAUUCAAACCGUCUCUGGACAACAGUGCCAGUAGUGGAUUUUAUCACCUGGUUUCCGGAAUUAUUGACGAUAUCUACAAACAGGCCACCUUUAUCGAGCGUCUGGCCAGUCCGGUAGAGGGAGCUCAUUACUUGGAAAAAAUGUUCGAGGAGACCAAAUUGGAUCAGAUGCGUGAACACCUGUUGGAUCGAGUCCAGGAAGUGAUCAAACAGGCCGUGACCUAUCAAACAGGCUUUGAAAGCUAUUCCUAUUUGUGGAUCGAUGAUCGACAAGAAUGUAUGAAUCAAUUUCUCACCUAUGGUCAAGUACUCUCGACCGAGGAUUUGGACCUUCUGGCCGCCGGUCCGGUUACACCGACUAUGGGUCAGGACGAUGAACAACAGGCUUCAACCGGAUUAGUCCCGAAAGCUCCAACACUAGAACAAUUCAAACAACAAAUCGAUCACUAUGAGAAGAUAUACGAAGAGGUCGAUCGAUUAGAUGGAUCCACCAAAUUCCAGUCCUGGUUCCGAGUCGAUGCUCGCAAAUUUAAACAAGCUCUUAUCAACGAGAUCAAACGUUGGAGUCUCAUGUUCAAACAGCAUUUGAUUGAACACGUGACUAACAGUCUGGCCGAACUGAAUGAGUUUAUUCAAGUUACAAAUGCAAGUUUAGGUGUGACCCUUCAAGAAGGUGAUUAUGAUGGUCUAGUUCAUGUGAUGCAACACUUGGGCAAUGUGAAAGAUCGUCAGGAAGCGACCGAUGGAAUGUUUGAGCCACUGAAGCAGACAAUUGAAUUGUUGAAAACGUACAAUCAAGAAAUGCCUGAUGAAGUGCAUCAACUACUUGAAGAACUGCCGGAGAAAUGGAACAACACGAAAAAACAAGCGGUCCUGGUGAAACAGGCUGUCGCACCGUUACAGAACAAUGAGGUGGCCAAUAUCCGGAAGAAAUGUGCCAGUUUCGAUGUGAAACAGCAUCUGUUCCGGGAACAGUUUCGCAAGAUUCCCGUAUUCCAAUACAGCUGUGAAAAGCCCUAUGAACUUCUGGACGAAAAUAAUAACACCCUAUCCGCACUGGAACAUGAAAUGCAAGCCCUGCUCACCUCGGCCGGUCUGUUCGAGGUGAAUGUGCCCGAGUUCAAACAAAUCAAACAGUGUCGAAAAGAGUUGCGCUUACUUAAACUGUUAUGGGACUACAUCUAUCUGAUUGUGCACAGUAUUACACACUGGACCUAUUCCCCGUGGCGUUCGGUCAAUGUGGACCAGUUAGAUUUGGACUGUAAAAAAUUUGCCAAAGAUUUGCGGUCAUUGGAUAAAGAGAUGCGUGCUUGGGAUGCCUAUCUGGGUGUGGAAGAUAAGGUGAAAAAUAUGCUUACCUCGCUUCGCUCGGUGGGCGAAUUACAGAAUCCGGCGAUUCGUGAAAGACAUUGGGUCCAGUUGAUGAAUGCGACCGGGGUCCGUUUCCAAAUGCACGAAGGGACCACACUGAUGGAUCUCUUGUCGCUCAAACUGCACGAGUACGAGGAAGAAGUGCGCAAUUUGGUCGACAAGGCCGUGAAAGAGAUGAGCAUGGAAAAAGUCCUCAACGAGUUGGAUAAUACGUGGAAACAAAUGCAAUUCGAACCGGAACCACAUCCACGAACCGGGAUCAUGUUGUUGAAAGUGAGCGAGGAGUUGAUUGAAGUUUUGGAGGAAAAUCAAGUCCAGCUACAAAAUAUGAUGACCUCUAAAUUUAUCGCACAUUUUCUGGAAGAGGUUUCCACCUGGCAGAAAAAGCUCUCCGUGGCCGAUCAGGUGAUCAUAAUCGGAAUGGAAGUGCAACGAACGUGGUGCUAUUUGGAAUCAAUUUUCAUUGGGUCCGAAGAUAUACGGAAACAAUUGCCCGAGGACACUGCACGUUUCGACGGGAUUGAUCGCGAUUUCAAAGAUCUGAUACAAACUGUCGGCAAAGAUUUGAAUGUGAUACGCGCCACAAGUAUCCCGCAUUUAUACGAACGAUUCGAGGCAUUGCAACACAGUCUGACUUUGUGUGAGAAAGCAUUGGCCGAGUAUUUAGAAACCAAACGUCUCGCAUUUCCCCGAUUCUAUUUUGUCUCUCCGACAGACUUGUUGGACAUUCUGUCAAAUGGAAAUAUUCCGGAACAAGUGGCAAGACAUUUGACUAAACUAUUUGAUAGUUUAGCCACUCUGCAAUUCCGCAAGAAAGCAGACGGAAAAACCAAUACAAAGAUUGCUUAUCAAAUGGGUGCGAAAGACGGUGAACAGGUGACCUUGUCACAAGAAACAGAUUUGGACGGUCAGGUGGAAGUUUGGCUUAAUCGUUUAUUGGAUGAAAUGCGAGCCACUGUAAGACAUUCGCUAGCCGAUGCGGUUUCCACCUAUGAGGACAAAGCACGAGAUCAGUGGCUUUUUGAAUAUCCUGCACAAGUUGCUUUGGCAGGUUCCCAAAUCGGGUGGACCACAGAGGUGAAUAUCAAUUUUGCCAGACUGGAAGAAGGUUACGAGAACGCACUGAAAGAUUACAAUAAGAAACAAGUGACCCAAUUGAAUGCAUUGAUUGCCUUAUUGAUCGGUGAGCUCAGCUCCCAAGAUCGACAGAAAGUGAUGACUAUUUGUACCAUCGAUGUGCACAAUCGCGAUGUGGUGGCCAAAUUGAUUUCCCAAAAAGUGGACAAUUCGCAGACAUUCGCCUGGAUUUGUCAAUUACGUCACCGAUGGGAUGAAGUACAGAAAGAUUGUUUUGUCAAUAUUUGUGAUGCCCAAUUUCGUUACGCGCACGAAUAUUUGGGUAAUACACCUCGAUUGGUCAUCACCCCUUUGACCGAUCGCUGUUAUAUCACUUUGACCCAAUCGUUACAUCUGACCAUGAGCGGUGCACCAGCCGGUCCAGCCGGGACCGGGAAAACAGAGACUACGAAAGAUUUGGGUCGAGCUUUGGGUAUCAUGGUGUACGUAUUCAAUUGUUCGGAACAAAUGGAUUACAAAUCGAUUGGGAACAUAUACAAAGGUCUAGCCCAAUCUGGUGCAUGGGGUUGUUUUGAUGAGUUCAAUCGGAUCUCGGUUGAAGUGUUGUCUGUUGUAGCGGUCCAGGUUAAGUGUAUCCAGGACGCGAUACGAGAUAAGAAGAAACGUUUUAAUUUUCUCGGUGAGGAGAUCAGUUUGGAUCCGACUGUCGGUCUGUUUAUCACAAUGAAUCCGGGCUAUGCAGGACGUGCGGAAUUACCGGAAAAUUUGAAGGCCCUAUUUCGUCCGUGCGCUAUGGUCGUGCCCGAUUUCGAAUUGAUCUGUGAAAUUAUGUUAGUCGCUGAAGGUUUUAUGGAAGCUCGACUAUUGGCCCGGAAAUUCAUCACAUUGUACAAUUUAAACAAAGAAUUACUCUCUCGACAAGAUCACUAUGAUUGGGGUCUGCGAGCCAUCAAAUCGGUCUUGGUCGUGGCCGGCGCGCUGAAACGUAGUGAUCCCGGACGUCCGGAAGAUCAAGUACUGAUGCGAGCGUUGCGUGAUUUCAACACACCAAAAAUUGUCACUGACGAUUUGCCUGUGUUCAUGGGUUUGAUCGGGGAUCUGUUUCCCGCCCUGGAUGUGCCACGUAAACGAGAUUUGGAAUUCGAGAAACAAGUACGUCAAGCCGCGUUGGAUUUGAAACUACAACCGGAAGAGAAUUUCAUUCUCAAAGCUGUACAACUGCAAGAAUUGUUUGCUGUUCGUCAUUCCGUAUUUGUGCUCGGGAAUGCGGGUACCGGAAAAUCAAUGGUUUGGAAAACCCUGUUUCGGACCAAUAUGAAUUUGAAGAAACGACCGGUCGCGGUCGAUUUGGAUCCGAAAGCGGUCACAAAUGACGAACUGUUCGGGAUCAUUAAUCCGGCGACGCGGGAAUGGAAAGAUGGUUUAUUCUCGGUGAUCAUGCGUGAUCUGGCCAAUCUGACACAUGAUGGACCGAAAUGGAUUGUACUAGACGGGGAUAUUGAUCCGAUGUGGAUUGAAUCACUGAACACAGUGAUGGAUGAUAAUAAGGUGCUCACUCUGGCCAGCAACGAGCGUAUCCCGUUGACACCGACUAUGCGAUUAUUGUUUGAAAUCAGUCACUUGAAAACGGCCACUCCGGCCACUGUGUCCCGGGCUGGAAUACUUUAUGUGAAUCCGCAAGAUCUGGGAACCACACCAUUCGUGUCUAGUUGGGUCGCAAAACGUGAGAUUCAAUCGGAACAGGCCAAUUUAACCAUUCUAUUCGACAAAUAUGUCGGUCCCUCCCUCGAAGGUUUGCGAACCCGAUUCAAGAAGAUCACUCCGAUCGCAGAAAUUGCACAUGUCCAAAUGUUGUGCUAUCUGCUCGAUUGUCAUCUGACCCCGGAAAACACGCCUCCGGAUUGUCCGAAAGAAUUGUACGAACUGUAUUUUGUGUUUUGUGCAGUCUGGGCUUUCGGUGGAGCACUGUUUCAAGAUCAACUGGUGGAUCAUCGAGUCGAGUUCAGCAAAUGGUGGUGCACGGAGUUCAAAACGAUCAAAUUCCNCAGGGUACCGUUUUACGAUUAUUGGUUGCUUAUCCGGUUUGCGCAUAUUAUCCAAACACGAAUUUCUAACCGUGGAGUCUCUUUUACACCUGACCAGGCCACACUCGUACCGACAAUGGAAACUGUCCGGGUUCGUUACUUCUUGGAUCGACUGUUAGAGGCGCGUCGACCGGUGAUGCUUGUGGGUAACGCAGGCACUGGGAAAACGGUCCUGGUCCAGGACACAUUUGCCGGGUUCAACGAGGACACGAUGGUCAGCAAUGUGCCGUUCAAUUUCUACACAACCAGUGAAAUGUUGCAGGGUAUUUUGGAAAAACCUUUAGAAAAGAAAGCCGGUCGAAACUAUGGUCCACCGGGAAAUAAACGUCUGGUCUACUUUAUUGACGAUAUGAACAUGCCUGAGGUGGACACGUACUUCACCGUGCAACCGCACUGUCUCAUUCGACAACAUAUCGAUCACUCUCACUGGUACGAUCGAACAAAACUCACACUGAAGGAGAUUCACAACACUCAAUAUGUGGCCUGUAUGAAUCCGACCGCGGGUAGUUUCACCAUUGACUCCCGAUUACAGAGACACUUUUGUGUGUUCGCUCUCAGCUUCCCGGGUCAGGAAGCGCUGAAGACCAUUUACUCGUCCAUAUUGAAUCAGCAUCUGUCUCAGAUCAACAGUCCGCAACCGGUGCGCAAAAUUGCCGCCCAAGUGGCCGAUUGUGCUCUGGCAUUCCACGCGAAAAUCAGUUCGGUAUUUUUACCCACAGCCAUCAAAUUUCACUAUGUGUUUAAUCUUCGGGAUUUGUCGAACAUAUUCCAGGGUCUCUUGUUUGCAACCGCCGACUGUCUACGACAACCGUCCGAUUUGGUCCGUCUUUGGAUGCACGAAUCUGCUCGGGUGUACUCGGACAAAAUGGUUGACCGGGAAGAUGUGGAAUUAUUUGAUCGACUAUUGCGUGAAACCGGUAAAAAGUUUUUCGAGGAUAUGAACGAAGAUCAAUUGUUCCAAACCCCGAACAUGUUUUGUCAUUUCACCCAGGGAAUCGGUGAGCCGAAAUACAUGGCCGUGACCAGUAUGACUGAUCUGGUUCGUAUACUAAACGAGGCGUUGGACAAUUACAAUGAAUUGAAUGCGGUGAUGAAUCUGGUCCUGUUCGAGGAUGCGAUCGCGCACAUACUUCGUAUCAAUCGGAUUCUGGAAUCGCCUCGUGGAAAUGCUCUACUGGUCGGGGUCGGCGGAUCCGGUAAACAAUCUCUCUCACGUUUGGCCGCCUUUAUCAGCUCGCUUGAAGUGUUCCAAAUCACUCUGCGCAAAGGUUACGCGAUUCCCGAUUUGCGAGCUGAUUUGGCUGGUUUGUAUUUGAAAGCUGGACUGAAAAAUACGGGUACUGUGUUCCUGUUGACCGAUGCUCAGGUUGCUGAUGAGAAAUUCCUCGUGCUAGUCAACGAUCUACUCGCAUCCGGUGAGAUACCCGAUUUGUUGCCGGACGAUGAAAUGGAGAAUGUGAUCAACGGAAUGCGUGGCGAGGUAAAAAGUCAAGGCCUCCCAGACACCCGAGAGAAUUGUUGGGCCUAUUUUAUUGAUAAAGUACGACGUCUAUUGAAAGUAGUGUUGUGCUUCUCCCCGGUCGGUUCCACUUUACGUGUACGAGCGAGAAAAUUCCCAGCCGUGGUCAAUUGUACCUCCAUCGAUUGGUUCCACGAGUGGCCGAAAGAAGCCCUACUCUCAGUCUCGCAUCGAUUCUUGUCCAAUAUCACCCUACUACCCGAGGAACUAAGAUCGUCCGUUUCACAGUUCAUGUCUUUUGUGCAUCAAUCGGUGAACGAGAUGAAUGUUGUGUAUUUACAAAACGAGCGACGUCACAAUUACACCACACCGAAAUCGUUUUUGGAACAAAUUCAAUUGUAUGGGAAUAUGCUACGGGAUAAACAUGCCGGUCUGAUGGCCAAAAUGAAUCGAUUGGAAAAUGGUUUGCAAAAAUUGGAAAGCACAGCCCAACAGGUGGAUGAUUUGAAAGCCAAACUAGCCGCACAAGAAGUGGAACUAGCCCAAAAGAAUGAGGACGCAAAUAAACUGUUGGCCAUUGUCGGAGCGGAAACGGAGAAAGUCAGUGGAGAGAAAGAGUUUGCCAACCAAGAGGAACAGAAAGUUGCCGUGAUCAAAGCCGAGGUGGCCAAAAAACAGCGAGAUUGCGAGAUUGAUUUGGCCAAAGCUGAACCCGCUUUGCUUGCCGCACAAGAGGCUUUGAACACAUUGAAUAAGAACAAUCUGACUGAGAUGAAGUCGUUCGGUUCGCCUCCGCCCGCUGUGGUCAAUGUGACAGCGGCUGUGAUGGUUUUACUGGCACCCGGUGGUAAAAUUCCACGUGAUCGAAGCUGGAAAGCCGCGAAAGCGGGUAUUAUGGGAAAAGUAGAUUUGUUCUUGGACAAUCUGAUCAAUUACGAUAAGGAAAAUAUUCAUGAGAAUUGUUUGAAAGCGAUUCAGGAAUAUUUGAAAGAUCCCGAAUUCGAUCCGGAUUUCAUACGAAGCAAAUCGACCGCCGCGGCUGGCCUAUGCUCAUGGGUGAUCAAUAUUGUCACAUUUUACAAUAUCUAUUGUGAUGUCAAACCGAAACGGGACGCACUGGACGAAGCGAAUGAGGAGUUAAGACAGGCCACAGAAAAGUUGGAAACGAUUCAGAAGAAAAUUCGGGAUCUCGAAGCCACACUGAACGAGUUGACAAACAAAUUUGAAAUUGCCACCCGGGAGAAACAACGCUGUCAGGACGAAGCGGAUGCCACGUAUAAAACGAUCGAACUGGCCAAUCGCCUGGUCGGUGGUUUGGCCUCGGAAAAUGUGCGUUGGGCCGAGCAAGUGGAACAAUUUAAAAAACAAGCAGUCACAUUACCAGGCGAUGUACUCCUCACUGCCGCGUUCCUGUCCUAUGUGGGUUGUUUCACCAAACGAUAUCGGACCAUGCUUAUCGAACAGCAUUGGGUUCCGUUUUUCCAAACAUUGCAACCGGCCAUUCCGAUCACUCCGGAUUUAGAUCCACUUCAAAUGCUUGUGGACGAUGCGAUUGUGGCCACUUGGAACAACGAGGGAUUGCCCUCGGAUCGAAUGUCUAUUGAAAAUGCUACAAUUCUAACCAGUACCGAACGCUGGCCACUAAUGAUCGAUCCGCAACUGCAGGGAAUCAAAUGGAUCAAAACCCGUUACGAUACCGCUUUGCGAGUGAUACGUCUCGGACAAAAGGGCUAUCUGGAUCGAAUUGAACAGGCUAUCUCAGCUGGGGAUACAGUUCUGUUGGAGAAUAUCGAAGAGAUGGUUGAUCCCGUGUUAGACCCCCUACUGGGCCGGAUGACUAUCAAAAAAGGUCGGGCUAUUCGAUUGGGUGACAAGGAGGUGGAAUAUAGUCCCCAGUUUCGGCUGAUUCUGCAAACUAAGCUGGCCAAUCCGCAUUACAAACCGGAAAUGCAAGCACAAACUACUCUGAUCAAUUUCACUGUGACCCGGGACGGUUUGGAAGAUCAACUAUUGGCCAGUGUUGUCAGCAAAGAACGACCGGAUUUGGAACAGCUGAAAGCCGAUUUGACACGACAACAGAACGAGUUUAAAAUUACACUGAAAAGUUUAGAGGAUAGUUUAUUGGCUCGUUUGUCCGCUGCCGAGGGGAAUUUCCUGGGUGAUUAUGCUCUGGUCGAAAAUUUGGAGACCAAUAAACGUACCGCGAUUGAAAUUGGCCAGAAAGUGGAACAGGCCAAAGUGACCGAGGUGAAAAUUAAUGAGGCACGCGAAUGGUAUCGACCGGCUGCCGCACGAGCCUCCUUGCUCUAUUUUAUUUUGAACGAUUUGAGCAAAAUCAACCCGAUCUAUCAGUUCUCCUUGAAGGCAUUCCGUAGUGUAUUCGAAGUUGCAAUCGAUCGAACACAACCUGCGGAAGAAGUGAAGGAACGUGUUAACAAUUUGAUCGAUUCGAUCACAUUUUCCGCUUACACAUACACGUCACGUGGUCUGUUCGAACAGGACAAAUUGAUUUUUACCGCUCAGAUGGCAUUUCAAAUUUUGGUCAUGAGCAAGGAGAUUGAUCCGGUCGAAUUGGACUUUCUACUUCGAUUCCCAGUCACACCAAAUGUCACAUCUCCGGUCGAUUUUCUCACCAAUACUGGUUGGGGUGGGAUUAAAGCGUUGUCUAACAUGGAAGCGUUCCGUAAUUUGGACAAAGAUAUCGAGGGAUCGGCGAAAAGAUGGAAAAAAUAUGUGGAUGGUGAAAGUCCGGAAAAGGAAAAAUUACCACAAGGAUGGAAAUCAAAAAAUGCUUUACAACGUCUCUGUAUUAUGCGUGCAUUACGACCGGAUCGAAUGACCUAUGCAGUUACCGAUUUUGUAGCGGAGAAACUCGGGCAGAAGUAUGUGGAGGGAGCACAGAUGCCUUUCGCGAAAUCGUUUGAGGAGUCCGGGCCAGCGAUCCCCAUAUUCUUUAUUCUCUCACCCGGUGUGGAUCCUUUAAAAGAUGUGGAAGCUUUGGGUAAGAAAUUAGGAUUUUCCGGCGAUCAGGGCAAUUUCCACAAUGUGUCUUUGGGUCAAGGACAAGAAGUGGUCGCCGAAAAAGCAAUGCAAUUAGCCUCCACCGAAGGUCAUUGGGUUGUACUGCAAAAUAUCCAUCUGGUCGCAAAAUGGUUGACCACAUUGGAGAAACGGAUGGAAGAGUAUGCCGAAGUCGGACACACCAAUUAUCGUCUAUUCAUCAGUGCAGAGCCAGCCAGUUCCCCGGAAUAUCAUAUCAUUCCUCAAGGAAUUUUAGAGAAUGCUAUUAAGAUUACCAACGAACCACCCACCGGUAUGUUUGCCAAUUUGCACAAAGCUUUGAACAAUUUCACCCAGGAAACCUUGGAAAUGUGCAGUCUGAUUUGUGAACGUCGAAAGUUCGGUCCGCAAGGCUGGAAUCGUGUGUACCCAUUCAACACUGGUGAUUUGACAAUCAGUGUGAAUGUGCUGUACAACUAUUUAGAAGCAAAUAGUAAAGUACCCUGGGAGGAUUUACGCUACCUGUUCGGGGAUAUCAUGUACGGAGGACAUAUCACAGACGAUUGGGACAGGCGGUUGUGUAAGACUUAUCUUGAAGAAUAUUUGGUCCCGGAAAUGUUAGACGGUGAUCAUUUCCUUGCACCUGGAUUUCGUGUACCACAAAAUACAGACUACAAAGGUUAUCAUCAGUACAUUGAUGAUUGUUUGCCGGCCGAGUCCCCGUAUCUGUACGGUUUGCAUCCGAAUGCCGAGAUGGAAUUCCUCACCAACGCGUCUGAGAAACUGUUCCGAACCGUGUUCGAAAUGCAACCGCGAGACUCAGCCGGGUCAGGUAGUGGUGGAAUAGGUCGAGAUGAAAAGUUGCAAACCACACUGGAUGAGAUUGUGGAAAAAUUGCCCGAAGAAUUCAAUAUGCCGGAAUUACAGGGUAAAGUUCCACCGGAGGAACGAACACCGUAUGUGGUGGUCGCAUUUCAAGAAUGCGAGCGGAUGAACAUGCUAAUCCGCGAGAUGCGUCGUUCUCUGAAAGAGCUCACAUUGGGUUUGAAAGGUGAAUUGACCACCACACCGGAAAUGGAAGCACUCUCGAACGCUCUCGUGUUGGACAGCAUUCCAGAAGGUUGGGUCAAACGAGCCUAUCCGAGUCUGUUCCCACUCGGUAUCUGGUAUGCAGAUAUGCUGGCUCGAGUGAAAGAACUGGAUAAUUGGACCAAUGAUUUCGCACUGCCGAACAGUGUGUGGCUCGGUGGAUUGUUCAAUCCGCAAUCAUUUUUGACCGCGAUUAUGCAACAAACCGCGCGUAAAAAUGAAUGGCCACUGGAUCGUAUGGUUCUACAGUGUGAUGUAACAAAGAAAUCUCGGGACGAGAUGAGCUCUCCGCCCCGUGAAGGUGCUUACACACAUGGGCUGUACAUGGAAGGAGCUCGAUGGGAUGUGCAAACUGGGAUGAUUGCGGAGGCCAAAUUGAAGGAGCUAGCACCGAUCAUGCCUGUCGUGUUUCUCAAAGCGAUUCCUGUGGAUCGACAAGAUUUGCGUAACACCUAUGCUUGUCCGGUGUACAAAACCAAACAACGCGGUCCGACCUAUGUGUGGACAUUUAAUUUGAAAACCAAAGAGAAAUCGGCUCGAUGGGUUCUGGGCGGUGUGGCACUUCUAUUGCAAGUCUGA